AAGUCGUGAAAAUAAUGAGAAAGACAAAGACACCUAAUUUUCACCUGAGUCUUUUUUAAACCGUAGCCCAAAAUCCAGCCCUCGUGCGAAUCAUGAUUUUUUUUUCCUUCAUUUCAAACAAAUGUGAUAUGAUUGGGAUGGCCGUCACGUGACAUAGUCGGUCGUAUCCUGCCUAUAAGCUACGUGGGAAUUCUAACGCCGUCGCGAAACACGGCGAAAUUUGAGUUGACAAAACUCCCAAUAGCCGCGAUAUCAAUUGAGCUUCUCUAUCUCCUCGGACCUAACCCUAAAAUGUCGGACUCUCUGAAACACACACACCUACGGGAGCGCACGGAGCGCCUGCAGAAAUUGGUGGAGUUUACCGAACAUUGUCAGAAGCAAAUACAAGACAUGUACGACGCACUGGGAUGGUUGCCGGACCACGACCCGGAUAAGGAACCUAUGGCGUUGUGUCCCCACGAUCCCAGUCAUCGUAUCCCCGUGCGGAGCAUGGACAAGCACGAAGCUUCGUGUUACCUCAGAAAGAUGGGCUACUCUUCUGAGGAGCAGGCUGAGGUGUGCGACUCUUCUGCAUCUUACGUCAACACCAGCGUCCGCAGCUUAACGAUGGACAAAAACCUUCAGAACCAGGUAAUCCUACAGGCUCGAUCCGCCGCUCCCCUCAUGAAGAUGGAAGGUGUCUUCUGGCAAGGUCAGUACACCUACCAACCCGUUGACGUGCCGCAGAACCACAAGCGGGCCGUGUGCGACCUCACCGUCGCCGACCGACUCGCUCUGUACGACCACGCGAUCGGUGUCCUCAACCAGGAGAAGGCCGACGCCGCUACACCGGGGAACGAUGAGCUGUACGUAGACCUGGUGUCCAAGCUGAAGAAGGCUGAACAACAGAGCGAACCCAAGACCCAUCUGGAGCUGAUGGCGGAGAUGCGGGACUACAAGCGGAGGCGGCAGUCCUACCGCGCCAAGAACGUCCACAUCACCAAGAAGUCCUACACGGAGGUCAUCAGGGAAGUCAUCCAGGUCCACUCGGAGGAGCUCGCCAGACAGUGGAAGGAAGAACACGAAGAGGAUGACAAGGAGGAGGAGGAGGCCAGAGAAGGAACAUCCCAGAGUCGUAGGUCGGAUGAGCGUCAGUCCUCGUCCUCGGAGUCCCGCAGAUCGCGGAGCAGGCGUCACCGCAGCCGCGACAGAGAAAGCAAGAAGAGCAAAAGGAAGAGACAUUCCCGCUCCCCGGAGGACAGACAGACAGCAAGAAGAAAAAGAAAAGGAAACUGGAGCGAGGAAGGAGGGACAGUUCCCGACUGAGAAAUCAUGUUAAUAAAAGUUUUCCAACAGCAAAAUGGACCCUUUCUCAAGUGGAAGUUUUUGUGUUG